AUGGGACAACUCACUUCGGCGGCCCGCGCAACAGACACGCUGGCGGCAAGCGGUAGGAACGAGGACAGCGUCCUUUUUGUGAGGCCGGAGGGUGCGAGGGAGUGUCCGCCGCCGCCGCCGCAUGAGCUGCGCGCAGAGGAACUCUACGAGUCGUACGUACAGCCACUUGAGAUAGUGCCGCCGCUUCUGCGGACUUCGGCGGGAUUGUCGCCUGCCUCUUCUGCCGCAGAACCAACCCUGCUGCAUAGCCUUCACCAGCGAUGGAAUUCGUUUGUUGUUUCCCAGGGCCGCUUAAUGGAGCGGGAGGCGCUCCAACAGCAGGAGCAACAGAGGGCCUGCGACACAAGUGAUGGAAGUUACUCAGUGACGGAAACUGGCGGCAAAGGGGCACUUACUCAUGAACUGAGGGAAUUUGCCAAUUCUUGGCGUGCGCUGGAAACAAAUGCCGCCACUCAGGCGAAUGCGGAUGCGCAUGCGGUUGACAGGGCUCUUCUUGAAUUGAACAGAGCGCUCGUUAGUGUAAAGGGUGUGGCCAUUGAGCAGCAGCAUGUUGUUGAACUGUUCACUUUUGCCGAGGCGGAGACGCGUGCCUUGCGCGAGGAGGUGGUUUUGGCUACAGGAUUGCUGCAGGAUGAUGUCAUAGCCCUGCUGAGGGACACGUGGUCACUGUUGAGCGACGCGGAGCGGACGGAGCUUCGGCCCGGCCUCGACACGCAUUUGAAACCUGCCGCUUAG